UCCGCUGCAGGCGUUCAUGAAGGGAAGGAAAAUAGCGUUUCAUAAACUGAUAGAAGAAGAAGUUGGGUUUUGCUUUAGUGUUUUGUUUUUGCAUUUGCAGCAAAAUGUCUGAAAGUCCGGCCUUCCAGUACGGCAAGUCGCGUUUCAACCAGGACACUUUUUUUGGACGGUUCCGGCACUUCUUGGACGUGAUCGACCCCAGCACACUCUUUGUGACAGAGAAACGGCUGCAGGAGUGCGUGGAGCUGCUUGACCGUUUCAGACGGGGAACGUUGCCUCCAGGAGUAACAGAUGCUCAGCUUUGGACGGCCCAGAAAAUAAAGCAGGCCGUCAUCCACCCCGACACGGAGGAGAAGAUCCCCAUGCCCUUUCGGAUGUCAGGUUUUAUCCCGUUUGGCACGCCAGUGGUUGUCGGCCUCCUCCUCCCGAAUCAAACGCUGUUGUCAACCGUCUUCUGGCAGUGGUUGAACCAGAGUCACAACGCCUGCGUGAACUACUGCAACCGCAACGCCUCCAAGCCGGCCCCCGUCUCCAGAUUCAUCCAGGGCUACACCGGAGCAGUGACCAGUGCAGUGUCCAUUGCUGUCGGGCUGAACGUUUUGACCCGGAAAGCGAGCCGCUUCAGUCCAACCACCAGGCUUUUGGUGCAGAGGUUCAUUCCCUUCCCUGCUGUGGCGACAGCAAACGUCUGCAACGUGGUGCUCAUGAGACACUCUGAGCUGUCGGACGGCAUCAGCGUUCUCGACGACAACGGCAACGUGGUGGGAACAUCCAGAGUGGCUGCCAGGCAUGCACUUUUGGAGACGGCCCUGACCAGAGUGGUCCUGCCCAUGCCCAUCCUGGUGCUUCCUCCACUGAUCAUGGCUGCUCUAGAGAAGCUGCCCCUCCUGCAAAGACGGCGCCGGCUCGUUCUGCCCGUCCACAGUCUGGUGUGUCUCGCUGCCUUUGGGCUGGCGCUGCCGCUCGCCAUCAGCCUCUUCCCACAAAUGUCUCAGAUCGAUGUGAAUCAGCUGGAGCCAGAGGUCGCUAUGGCAACAGAUUGUAAGAUUGUAACGUACAAUAAAGGACUGUGAGAGCAUUUCGCUGGCCGGCGUGCCACGAAGAAACGGCGGCUCGUCGUGGGCAGGAGGUAUGAGUGAAGGAGACACACAUUUACGGUAGUGAUGAGAGGUGGCAUUACUGAGGCGUCAACGUCUCCAUCACUGGAUACUUCCAGCUAGAUAGUUGCUGGAUAGUCGUCUCAACCAACGCUCCAUAAACUAGAUAUUGUUUUCCGUGAAUGUGAAGUAAAAUUGGCUGAUGCACUGCAAAAACUCAAAAUCUUAACAAGAAUAUUUGUCUUAUUUCUAGUUAAAAUAUC